AUGGCUGAAAUUCAAGACGCUGCAGAAAGCAUCGAAAAUAUUAAUUCAUUUAAUUCAUUAAAAAUUAACCAUGGCUUGACUAUAAGUGCUGAAGGAGCAAUACUAAGAUUUUCUACAAAACAGCGAGAUUCUUUCUUGUUUGAGAAUCAUAUUGAUCAUGCUAUUAACUUGAUAUAUUGUGAUUGGAUAUCCGCAAAUUUCACAGAAAACCCUCUAACUAAAAUGAUAAAACCUUCUAAAGAAAUGGUUGCCAAAACAAAAGAAGCUCUGAAACAUUAUAACCCUUAUAAUGAAUUAAUGAAUGUUUUCGAAAUUUACGGAAAAUUUCUUCCAAAAAGAGUUAUUCUUGGACAUAAAAUAUACAGAGUUACUCGUUUAAUUGCGGACGAGAGUCUGCCAGAUUUUAACUUUAAAGAAUGGAAAUGGACAGCAUUCGAUUUUAUGGCAAAAGAAUAUAAUGAUAUUCUAAGCCAGUGGGAAUGGUGCAUGGUCUUUUAUGGUUUUAAUUCGUCUUAUUUUGUGUCAAUUGACGAUAAAUUAAUUAUGAAAGAUGAUCUUGAAAAGUGGAUGAAAUCUUGCUCAGAAAGCGAUUAUGACUCAUUACAAAUAAUCAGCUGGAAUGAAUUAUACCCAAUUUAUGAAAUAUUUGAAGAGCCUCUUUGUCAAGAAAUCAAAUCUAUUCUUGGAAUAAUCUAUCAGCCAGAAAGGUUUAAUGUAAAAGAAAAGGUGCUAUUUUCUGGAAUAAUUCCAUUUAAUGCCUCAAUUUUUUCUUAUCGUGUGAAUUUUCCAACUCGUUUUAAAUCAAAAGAUUACCAAAUUUUUGGAAAACUCGUAAAGCAAAAUGGAAAACCAAUUGAUAAAGUUUUUAUCAAGUUCAAAUCUAUGGAUAUAUACGGAUUCUAUGCUUUCGUAGAAGGUUUUAACGCGAUUGAAGAGGACACAGAAUUGCAGAUAGAAUGGAUAUUAAUUGGAAUACCCGCUAAAAUUGGAUUUUUUAGCAUGAAUACACGAAAUAUUCGCAUUUUAAGAUCGAUUAGUACUUCUUUUUCAGUAAAUACAUUUGAAACUAAUUGGAAUAUUAUAUUAGAUAUUCAAGAAAGCCUGCCACGAAAUUCAAUUUUCGUUACUUCAUUUAAAUAUUCAUCAAAUUGUGAACCAAAUUUCGAAGCCGAUAUUCGAAAUUACCGAUAUAAUGAUAAUAAAAUUGAACUUGGUGUUUAUUAUGCUAGUGAUAAGAAUUCAAUGUCUUCGCCUAUAGAAAUAGAUGAUUCUUCGCCUAUGGCAUUAGAUGAUUCUUUACCUAUGGAAAUAGAAGAUUCUUACAAAAAUAUUUUUACGAAAAGUGAUGUUAAUGGCGAUGAAUCGAGAUGCUUAGUUCAUUGUUUUAUUCUUUCUCUAGAAAGUCAGAAAAAAUUAAUAGUUCAUUUGAAUGCGAUAGGCAAAACCGUUAAUUCAGAAAUGCCAACAGGCCAAAUUACACCUCCACAUUCUAUUAGUUA